UCUUGAAAUAUGACUAAGGACAGAGACCAGUACCAGCACAGACAUUACCAAGUUGUGUGAUUAUGGAGAUGGUCUACCUGAGGCUGAAAAUGUAUCUAGUUUUUUGACAACGGCUAAAUAACCAUGGGGUCAAGUGGACUUGGAAAAGCAGCAACAUUAGAUGAACUGUUGAGCACUUGCAUUGAGAUGUUUGAUGACAAUGGAGAGCUGAAUAAUAGUUAUUUGCCAAGAAUAGUUCUACUGAUGCACCGAUGGUAUUUAUCUUCCACUGAAUUGGCAGAAAAACUUCUCUGCAUUUAUCGAGAGGCCAGUGGAGAAAGCUGUGAUGAAUUUCGGUUAAAGAUCUGCUACUUCAUGAGGUACUGGAUUCUCAAGUUUCCUGCAGAAUUUAAUUUGGACCUUGGUUUGAUCCGUAUGACUGAAGAGUUCCGGGAAGUAGCUAGUCAACUAGGGUAUGAAAAGCACAUCAGCCUCAUCGACAUAUCCAGCAUUCCUUCCUAUGACUGGAUGAGAAGAGUCACACAGAGGAAAAAAGUAUCCAAGAAGGGAAAAGCCUGUCUGCUGUUUGACCAUCUGGAGCCCAUUGAAUUGGCUGAGCACCUCACUUUUCUGGAGCAUAAAUCUUUUAGAAGGAUCUCAUUCACUGAUUACCAAAGCUAUGUCAUCCAUGGCUGCCUGGAGAAUAACCCAACCUUGGAGAGAUCUAUUGCUUUAUUUAAUGGAAUCUCUAAGUGGGUCCAGUUGAUGGUUCUUAGCAAACCAACCCCCCAGCAAAGGGCAGAAGUCAUUACAAAGUUUAUCAAUGUUGCCAAGAAGCUCCUCCAGCUCAAAAAUUUUAACACUCUAAUGGCAGUGGUGGGAGGCCUUAGUCAUAGCUCCAUUUCACGCCUCAAGGAGACCCAUUCUCAUCUUUCUUCAGAAGUUACAAAGAACUGGCAUGAGAUGACAGAGCUGGUCUCCUCCAACGGUAAUUACUGCUGCUACCGCAGGGCCUUUGCCGACUGUGAGGGCUUCAAGAUCCCCAUCCUCGGCGUGCACUUGAAAGACUUGAUAGCGGUCCAUGUCAUUUUCCCAGACUGGACGGAGGACAACAAAGUGAACAUUGUAAAAAUGCACCAGCUCUCUGUGACCCUGAGCGAACUGGUGUCCCUGCAGAAUGCCUCCCACCACUUAGAACCCAACAUGGAUCUGAUCAACCUACUCACGCUUUCUCUGGACCUCUACCACACAGAAGACGAUAUUUACAAACUGUCACUGGUGCUGGAGCCUAGAAAUUCUAAAUCGCCUACCUCCCCUACGACGCCCACCAAGCCCUUGGUGCCCCUGGACUGGGCUUCAGGAGUGGUGCCGAAGCCAGACCCCACAGUCAUCAACAAGCACAUAAGAAAAUUAGUCGAGUCUGUGUUUAGAAACUAUGACCAUGACCAUGAUGGGUACAUCUCCCAAGAGGACUUUGAAAGUAUAGCUGCCAAUUUUCCCUUUUUGGAUUCCUUCUGUGUGCUGGACAAAGAUCAGGAUGGCCUUAUUAGUAAAGAUGAAAUGAUGGCUUACUUCCUGCGAGCUAAGUCCCAGUUACACUGUAAAAUGGGACCGGGAUUUGUCCAUAAUUUUCAGGAGAUGACCUAUCUCAAGCCAACCUUCUGCGAACACUGUGCAGGAUUUCUCUGGGGCAUAAUCAAGCAAGGAUACAAAUGCAAAGACUGUGGAGCCAAUUGUCACAAACAGUGCAAAGACCUCCUGGUUCUGGCCUGUAGGAGAUUUGCUCGGGCGCCCUCCUUGGGCAGUAGUCAUGGGUCGCUGCCUGGAAGUCCCUCGUUGCCCCCAGUGCAGGAUGAGGUGUUCGAGUUCCCUGGCGUCACUGCUGGACACCGAGACCUGGACAGCAGAGCCAUCACGCUGGUUACAGGCUCUUCUCGCAAGAUCUCCGUGAGGCUGCAGCGGGCUACCACCAGCCAGGCUACCCAGACCGAACCUGUAUGGUCAGAGGCUGGCUGGGGGGACUCAGGGUCCCACACCUUCCCCAAAAUGAAAUCCAAGUUCCAUGACAAAGCAGCAAAGGACAAGGGUUUUGCCAAGUGGGAAAACGAGAAGCCCAGGGUGCAGGCUGGCGUGGAUGUGGUUGACCGGGGCACCGAGUUCGAGCCUGACCAGGAUGAAGCAGAUGUGGGUGAGACCAGACAGGACGGUGAGGAUGGCUGACUUCAGGCUGAGGACACUGCAGGCAAUAGUGUUGGCAUUUGGAAGGAGCAAGAUGAGAAAUUCUGAAGAACACUCCCAACUCAGGAACUUAUCUGAAAAGAUAUCUUGGACUUUUACUGCCUGGUGACACCAUGGGGUCUCCCUGAUUGGACUGUGGGACAGAGGAUUUACCCUAUGAACUAUUUAUUUCCUCCUCCCCAGGCCCUAGUCAGGUGUCACCAAGUCUGGGUGAUGUAGUUGGUAGAUUUCUCUGUAUCUUUCCCUAGAGCCAUUUAUAUAUGAGUGAAGUGAAAGCUUGUCUGCAUGUACUUGAUACUCAUUCUCUAAACUCUACUUUUUUGUGAGAAUAUUAUUUCGGUAUUUUGUAAACUUUGG